AUGGCAUCGUCACCCAUCACUGGCGAAAGGCCGUCGAGCUUUCGCAGGUCUUCCUCUCAAUUCGCUUCACUGCCCCAGCGUAGUCUUUCCUUUCAUGAGAGAGCAGCUCUUUCCAAGGAGGAUGCCGACGCCAAUGUCCUAUACUCCCACCCCAACGUUCGGAUUUACCUCUUCCAGCCGCCCACCAAUGCUCUGGAAUCACUCGACAAGACGAAGAAGUCCCACACAGAUGCAGAUUAUCCUAUAGACGCGAUUGAGAUCUUACCAUGGCGGUCGCGAACCGAGACCCUGUCCGCUAAAGGAAAACUCAUUAUCGAGAAGGUGCAGGGCUCGGUCCACUUCAUGAAGGCCGGCGCCAGUUUCAUACAUACGAUUAUGAGAAAUUCUCAGUGUUGGUGUGUAGAUGGGGAGUCGAAAUUUGUCAUGCGAGUCGGAAAGCUGCGCUAUCAACGAAUCGAGUUUCCGAGUACAGAACCCGAGGACAAGGAGAAAGUCAGUGAAUUCAAAGAGGUCAUAGCCAAGAUUUUGAAGUUCGAGAACACGCCUUGCCCUUUCAUCAGAGCUUUUAAGGUCGAUCUACCCGAAGACGCCAUUACACCAAAGAGGAGAGGAACGUGGAAGAGAAAGGAAGUUAUAACUCCCAACACUCCCGUCGUGGACUCGCCGCUAGGACCAAGGAAGAAUACUAGAACCAUGAGUAUGAGAGCUAUGCCACCUAGUUCUUUCCCUUCCAGAUCUAUGGAUGCUAUUGACAUGGAGAGGCCCCGUACUGCAAGCACACCUAUAUCGUCUGCUCGCUAUAGCUUUCCAGAUGUACGUACCGAGUCGCCCGUCAACUACGCUUCGGGUGAAGACAACACCGACUCUGAGCGUCAUGAUAGUGAGUCGGACAGACAGGAAAGCAGUCAGCACUCGGAAGUUGAAGAUAGCGACCGAGAAAGUCAUACCGCACCCAUAAUUAGGUCACCUCUGAAACACGUUGAAACAAUAGCUCUUCGUGAAGGCAAUGUGCCGUCCGAUACUGAACAACUCAAACAGAGACCUACAGCCGCAGGACUACGGCGUUCAUCUAGGGUCGAGGACCAGAUCAGGCUGUUUGAACGAUUCAAGCCGAAGCACGACACGCAGUCGAGAUCAAGUCCAGAGAGCCAAUCUCUACCAUACUUUGGCACAGAAGACCAGCCCACAAUAGAUUCGACAAUCGGAAAUGCAGUGACUGACUCAAAGUCAGAGCCAGAGCAGCAACAAUCGUCAAGUAGUGAUCAUGUUGAGCUCAGUGAGCCCCUGCCCGAGGAUAAUCGUGAGCCUCAACCACAAGAAAUUUUUGCAACAAGCGUCACUAUCGAUCAGGAGCUUGUUACCCACGGAAACUCCGACCUUGAUACUACUACAGCUUCAAACGGCACCAACGUUACUCAAUCGAUAUCUCCUGCGAAUGAAACCCAGGUUCCGGUCAAGACAAUCCGAGCAUCAGAUCUCGUGGCACUGGAACAAGAGAAUGGUUUCAUAGACUCUGGAUCUCCGCAUGAGCCCGUAAUUGUUGCUACUUCAACGACUUCCUCGGAGCCACCUGAGAGCAAAGAUAACCUGAGUGUCGAGAAGGAUGAGCGAUUAACAUCCGACCUUUCAGAGAUCUUUGAUCGUCUACAAAGAACGCAGACCAACGACGAUGUUGAAAGUAUAGUAUCUACAGACUCAUUUCAUACACUGCAAUCUGACCAGGAUACCGAAGGAAGCAACAAUUUCGAUCCCCGGACUUUAAACACCAGAUCAUUUCAGCAUCGACGUGAGCUGUCAGAAGCGACAGUCACAGCAGCUUCGGUUGAGUACGACUGUGCGCACGACACUGACACUAUAAACGACUACAUCCACCACAAUCCAUCCACUUCCCAAACCACCCACACCCAACUCGCAGUCCCAGACACCCUCCUCACCAACAACAACGACACCCGAUCCGAACUCCGCCAACGCCUCACCCGCCGCCGCUCCCUCUCCCCCCUUCCCCCAGCGUCCAUCCUCCGCCCCCCAUCCCCCUCUCCCACCACCUCCCCAAUCCCCACCAUCCUCCUCCAAAAAGCCGCAACCCUAGCCGUCGUAAAACCAAUCGAAGUCGUCAUCUUCGUCGUCCAGAUCCUCGCACGCAUCGCAGGAGGCGCCACCAUGAACGAUCUCGUCAGCGGACACCUGUUUAGACGGCCUGGCGGUUCUAGGCGGACCGCGAGUGGGACAUUUGAACAAGCUAUACAGUCUCGUGGGAGGGGCUUUUAUAGAGGAGAGGAUAGUGAUGGUGAAGAGGAGGAGGAUGUGGAUGAUUAUGGGCAUCCUGUUGUGAAGAGUCGACGGCAGAGUAGGACGAGGUCGGCGAGGGGUGAGAAGAGUACGACGACAUUUUCGGUACCUGGGUCGAUUGUUGAGGGAGAUGAUGAUGAUGUUGUUUCACAGGAUAGUAUUGAUUGA